AUGUCCACCACGGAACAGAAUGAAAAGAGCUUCGAGGUCAAUGAGCGCUUGACCAGCUCGUCGCCAUCGACCAGCGACCAUGCUCAGCACCACCACGACGAUGCCUCGUCUGGCAGCUCCGACGUCGACGCCGCCUGGGUCUUUCUCAACCAGCACCGCGACGUGCCCGGCGUCGACGCCGUCGACCUCAAGAAGCUGCGCCGCCGCAUCGACUGGCGCAUCGUCCCCAUCAUGUUUGGCUGCUACACGAUGCAGUUUCUCGACAAGGUCAUUUACAAUUAUGCCGCCGUCAUGGGCAUAAAAAAGGACUUGGACCUGACUGGCAACCGCUUCUCCAACGUCGCCACUUUCCUCUUUGUUGGCCUUCUCUGCUUUGAAAUUCCCAACAUCUACCUCUUGCAAAAGGUCCCUGCGGCCAAGUGGCUCGGCCUCAACGUCACCCUUUGGGGCGUCGCGACCGCCUGCGGUGCCGCCGCCCACAACUACCCCAGCAUCCUCGCCUCGCGCAUCUUCCUCGGCAUCUUCGAGGCCACCAUUGCCCCUUCCCUCGCCCUCAUCAGCAGCCAGUGGUACACCAAGUCAGAGCAGGCCCCACGCUUCUCCUUCUGGUACCUUGGUCUCGGUGUCGGCCAGAUCAUCGGCGGCGUGCUUUCCUACGCCUUUCAGCACAUUGCGCCCACCGCCUCGCUCGCCGGCUGGCGCGUCAUGUUUGUCGUGCUCGGCUGCAUCACCGUCCUCAUCGGCCUCUCCGUCAUCGCAUUCAUCCCUGACACGCCCAUGCAGGCGCGCUGGCUGUCCGUGACCGAAAAGGUCGCCCUGCUCAAGCACGUCAGCGUCAACCAGACGGGCAUCCGCAACAGCAAGUUCCGCGUGUCGGAGCUCGUCGAGGCGCUCCUCGACCUGCAGAUCUGGCUGCAGAUCCUCAUCACCGUCCUCUUCUCCGUGUCCAGCGGCGUCAUCACCACCUACUCGGUCAUGCUCGUCGGCCAGAUCACGCACGACGUCAAGAAGACGCCCGCGCAAAACUCGCAGCACGCCGCCCUCAUGAACACGCCCUCGGGCGCCGUGUCCAUCUUCUUCAUCCUCAUGGUCGGCUACGGUGUGCGCCGCAACUCGCACCGCUGGAUGUGGAUCCUCGCCUGCAUCAUCCCCGCCAUCAUCGGCGGCGCCCUCAUGUCCUUCCUGCCCAAGACCAACCACGCCGGCCUCCUCGCCGGCGUGUACCUUGUCAACGCCGUCGUCGCCCCCAUGCCCAUGCAGUACAACUGGCUCAUGGCCAACGUCGCCGGCGCCACCAAGCGCGCCUACGCCGUCGCCAUGAUCAGCGCCGCCUUCUCCAUCGGCAACAUCAUCGGGCCCCAGACCUUCCAGGCCAAGGACGCCCCCGACUACCGCCCCGCCAAGCUCGCCCUCGUCUUCACCCAGGCCGGCAGCGCCCUCGUCACCAUCACCCUCUUUGGCUACUACAUCUGGGCCAACAAGCGUCGCGCCAGCCGCGCCCGCCAGACCGAGGGCCAGUUCAUGGACAAGGAGACAUGGGCGAGGAUGACAGACAAGGAGAACCCGACCUUCCGUUACGAGUACUAG